AUGGUCACGCGUUGGUCACGCUCUACGUCCAAUUUGUAUGCUCUGAUUGGUCAACAUUUGACAGGUGAGUUCAUGCGGAAAAUUUAUACAGCAUCUUGAAACUUGUUUACUGAGAGCUCAAACUGACAGAGUUUUGUGUAAUAUUGUCAUGUUUUUAACUGUCUUUUUCCACUGGAUACACAAAAUGAAAUACAGCUGCUAGCAAGAUUCUUAAGUUAUUCAUGGCUGGUUUGUUUAUUGUUUUUUUGGCUGAGAAAUGCGCCGCUUGUCAAAGUCAUCGGAAAUCCGAUUUCCCAUGGAUCGCUUUUACUCACUUCCCCUUGCUUAAUGCUUAUUAUAAAGAAGGUUCAAAAAAGUGUCAAGCGAUUCUGUUGGCCUUCAGGAGCUGCAUCUUGACUGGUAAGCCUGAGUUGUUAUUGCCUUUGAUGUUUUUUUUUUUUUCCGGUUUCCUAAAGUCGAGCGUACUUUCUGCGCCUAGUUUAUGCACAAGACAGUGAUCUGACCUACAAUAGCAUCAGGUUUGAUGUAAGGUUACAGAUUUUUAAAAGUCUUAACAUUUUCCGACCGCAAAUACAAAGAAAACGUUCCAAAGAUUACCAUUUAUAAUGAUUUUGGCUGUUAAAAGAAAGCUCUGAGCGAUAUUCUUGCCUCGCAGUUCAUCUUGAAGUAUAGCAAACACCGUUAAGCCGGCUUAAAACAUAAAUCUGCAAGGUUUUAAGUUUAUAAGCAUAUGCUUACCUGACUCAUGAUUUUCAGAGACAUUUCACUUCAAAACUUACCUUCGUAAAUGAAAAUUGUUGUGUCUGUACAUGUUUCACCGAAGUAUAUAUUUUUUUACUGAUUGUUAGUAGUCUCUUUCGCAAUUUUAAUCGCAGCGCCGGUUGUUUUCAAUCGAACCAGGGGGGAAGCGGGGGGGGGGGGGGGGNUUUGGUAAGGGGGGGGGGGGGGGGGGGGGGGGGGGGGGGAGGUGUCUCCAAGGAAAUCGGUGGUUCAGUCCGCCUGCCAGUAUGACGUCACGUCUCGCGUCAGUGACUUUCAAAAUGGCAAGCAAAGUGUUCAUCGAAGAGACGGAUAAAAAUUUCGAAUUUAUCGCGGAACUGACUGUUCUGAAUUUGGAGAUUUUAAGGUUCCUAUUGUCAUAGAAAACUAGACUUAAGAACUUUUUUGGAAUGAAACGUCCAGUGAUGUAAUGAAUUAGAAAGGUUCCUUUCUAUCGUCGAGCAAAUUUUACGGGCAAUCUUACCAAACGGCCACACUUUUGAGGGCCAGUGCACAGCAAGAUUGAGGAAAUUAGACACAGCAAUAGGAGGUUCAUCACAGGAUGUAUUAUACUUUACAUUGUGCGUAUUUUCAGCUCUUCAGAGCUAGUGGAACCCCAUAUCAAUCCUUUCAAAGUUAAAUAUGAAUGGACGCCUCAGUAAACUUUCAAGGUUGCAAUUUUGAGCCCUCUCAGAGCUACUAUUCAAAUGCACAGACAUGAUUUCAAAACUGUAGUCGUGACCUUUAAGAAGUGAUUGUUCCGUCAAAAAAAAAACAUAUCGCUAACAUGAAAUUUAAGCGAAACUUUUAUAGGUCCAUUUUUACAUGCUCGUUCCAAUCAAGCGGUUUGCCUUGGGGUGUGAAAAAUAAACUGCUGUUUUUGUGAGGAUCUUGAGUUUACGUUGACUAAAAUGUGUGCUAACAAACAACGUCGGGUUUUAAAGGAAAAGAACUAAGGAAGUUAUUCAGCGGUUGCGCUGGCGAAAGGACGUGUCUCUUUCUCUCCGUGCUUUUCCCUUUCCCUUCGACCUAAAAUUUUGUUUAAAUGGGAGAAAAAAACCUAACAAAAGAAAAUAAAAAACUGAGGAAGGAAGAUGAAUCUCUCUCGAAUGGCCUUGGGUUAUUGAAGAGUUAUUUUAAGAAGAUACAGAACUGGCCAGCCGAGCUCGUGAUCCUGCAGUUGAUUUGUCUCAAGUAGAAUCAGGCAUUCAGUUCACAAGCGACAAGUAUGAUGCUCUUUUAAAAUUUGUGAAGAAUGCUCAAGGUCAGCUUAAAUCGAUUUCCUCACGGAUUGUAGCAGUUUCUGAAAAGUGUAAUGAAAACUCUGCGGCCAUUGAUGAGCGAUCCAAUCAUGGAUAAGAUCCAAUACAGCUAUCUCUACAACGUGAAGAUCGUGGGCAUGCCGAUAUCGUCUGAGCGACAAGCCGAAUGCCAUUGUAUGUAAAUUUGUUAGACGCUUAACCAAAGAUAAAGUUAUGCCAAGGGAGGCCUUCAACUUACAACCUGAGGACUUAGGAUUUGACGCAGACGAAACCAGCGAAAUCCGGCUUUAUGAACAUUUAACCCCAAGAAUUCGAGAUCUUCUCUAUCAAGCCUCUUACUACAAGAGAGCUAAUCAGUUCAAAUUUUGAUGGGCAAAAAGUGGUUUUCGUUUUUCUGCGAAAGUCGGAGACUUCACCAGUUGUAAAAUUACAGUGUGUAGAAGAUCUUCGCAUGUUGGAACAUGGCCCAAGUUCUGGUGAUGACAGCCACCAUGAUCAUGACUAUAUGUUAAGUACUUUGCCUCUCUUCUUAGAAGCAAUAGUACCAUCCCUCCCAUAGCAAGUGCUGCAUUGUCGCGCGGACGCGGUCGCUAAGCUUGAAUAUUCACGUCGCGUAUUAAUCCUGGCAGUUUGCAGUUAUAUCAAAGCGUAAAGGUCAACGGUGUUUGUUGAUGAGCGAGCGAUUAUUGUGCAGUUGCGAUGGGUUUUUUGGAGCUAGCGAGCAAGAAGCCGGAGCACACGUUACCUGCAGAUUAGCCGAUGGCAAUUUGGAGCGGAUUCGUCGAUUAUUCUCGAAUUUAUAACGCUUUGCGUGAAGGCGCGUGGAGAUGGUCCGUUUGUUUUGUAGCCAGCCUUUAAUUCUUCUUUAGUGGAUAGUACCUACGAUUGCUAAACUCGGCAAAAUGCCACUUUAACCUGCCAUGACGGACAAGGAGACUUUCAGUUAAAGAUAUCUUAACUUUGUUUUGUUAUAUUUUGACUUUUGGACUAUUUUAGUUUAUGGGAGUUUCGACGACUCGUCCUAUUUUGUUCAUGUGAAUAUUAAUAUCUUUAUUUGACACAUACUACUUCUGGGGCGCCUGUGAUAUAACUGACUGGUUCCUCUUGGCGGAUCUCUAAUUAAAGAGGUGCUGUAGCCAGACGUCACUUGAUGUGUAAAAUGACACAAAACUGAAUGCAAGGCUGGCACUACGGCAAAGGGUUGAUUUAUUAUAGGCCAAUAUUUCGGCUAACAAAAUUAGCCUUCCUCAGGGCCGGAGCUUUACAGGGAGAAAAUAUCUGUUAACGGCUCCUAAAAUUUAAACCUAAAAUUUACAUAAGUGGUUAACAGUUAACUAAAAUUAUGAAUACUAGGUAGAAUAAUAUACAGGUAAAUGAUAAUACAAUAAAAAUAGAAAUAGAAAGAGUUCAAUGUUCAUUCCCUGGGUUCAGACCGUCUGGUGACAGGGUUUAAUACAACUAAUCUUUUAUCCUGUAGGAAUAUAAUUUCAGAUGUCAGUGAUCACUUCUCGCAAUUUUGUAUAAUAUCAAACAAUGUUAUUAAAAGUCGUGUUAAUAAUUCGACAAAAGUUCAUGAUUUCUCGCAGUUUUCGGAAUCUAAAUUUCUAGGGGAUCUAUCCAAUAUUAACUGGACAAGAAUAGUGUCUUCAAGAAACAUGCCUGCAUUUUAUAAUAAGUUUAAUCGGAGAUUCAACACCCACGCGCCCUUUAAAACUGUUUCAAAACAAAUGGCUAAACAACUUUCAAAACCUUGGAUUACUAAGGGGAAUAAAGACAUCAAUUAAAAUUAAGAACAGUUUAUUCCAUUCUAAUUAUGAGGAUAAAUACGGAAUGUAUAGAAAUAAGAUUACUACUCUGAUUAGACCAUGAGUAAAUAAUAGUAUAAUCAUAACUAUUAUCAGGCCGCUAACUAUCUCUAACAUGUAAAAGACCUCGACAGGCAUAAAUGAACUUAUUUAUCGCGCAAGGAAAAAAGUGAAAAAUAUUUCUGCCUUUAAGGAUGAGAAUAGUGGUCGAUUAAUCCACGAUCCGAAGAAAUUACCAACUGUCAUGAACAAACAUUUUUCCUCAUGUGGACCUAUUCUAGCUGCCAAGCUACCCCACUCUGAACGUCAUUUUUCGGAGUAUUUUGAUCAUAGUUGUCAAAAAUCCUUUUACUUUAAUCCUGUUACUCCUGCUGAAAUAAAAUGUGAAAUAUCGCUUUUGCCUAUCGGAAGGUCACAUAGGGCUUACUCGACUAUCAUCUUAAAAGUUGCAAAGCUUUUCAUAAGUAAGCCAUUUAUGGAUAUAAUGAAUGCUUCUAUCUCCGAGGGAACCUACUCUGACAAAUUGAAGUUGGUAAAGGUGGUUCCUAUUUUCAAAAGUGGUGAUGACUCCGACACUAACAACUAUUGUCCUAUAUCUCUCCUCUCUAUAUUCAAUAGAAUUUUUGAAAAACUCAUGUACAAACGAUUGAAGUCGUUUUUUUGAGGCAAAUGAUCUUUCUCAUGAGUCGGCAUAAUACGGCUUGAGAGAGAAACACUCAGCAUGGAAUAAUUGACAUAGUAAAUAGGAUAAAAAACAAUAUGGACAAAGGAAUGUUUUCCAGUGGAAUUUUUAUAGAUCUUAAAAAGGCAUUUGAUACAGUUAAUCCUGCAAAAUUGUUAAGCAAGCUAAAGCACUCUGGAAUCAGUGGCAUUAUUGCGUUUUGACGAAGGAGAACGCAUACUAUUUGAGUCUUUUUGCGUACCGUACCUGAAGUGGUAACCGUUCUGUAUGCCAUGCGAUUUCACGGUUUGGACGCCAUCUUGGACCGGCCUGGCACAUUUUGCCUCGAUCUUUCUCACCCGGGAGCUGGUAUCUAUUUUGUGACGCUCGUUCACAGAUAAAACUUUCGCUAUUUUCUGUUUACUACAGGUUUUUUUUAUAGUUUUUCUCGGAGUUUUCAAUGAAUUUACAUAGGAAAAUUUCCAUUCUAAGAUAAUCGGAUAUGUAGAUAUUAUGUUAAAAAUGCGUUCUGCACACUGUAUUUUGUUUUUAUGGAUUCAAGCAAGAUCAGCUGAGAUCGACCAUAUUUAAUUCUAUUUCAAAUUACAUUUUUCGCUUUUAAAAGUUAUUACACCGUUGUAUUUGCUUUUGUUUGUCACCAUUUUUGAAAAAUGUACAAGAAGCUGAACAAUGAAACGCUGACGUAAGUAAGUAAGUAAUAACUUUAUUUAACGAGGGUAAAGACAUUGAUUACUGGUCACCCAGUAGUUUUCAUAAUGGCCCUCCUACAAUUAAAGUAAUAAAAUGUAUCGAUUAAUUAAUUAACUACCUAUAUAAUCUACCAACUAAAAUUACAUAAUGAACUGCUAUUAAUACAAUAUUGAUUAAUUGACUACUAAUGAAACUAAAAGGUUUUACAAAUCUUAAAAUGAUCAAGAAAAGAAAUCAUACUGCGGUAAAGUUUAAAUAAGUAAUUUUUAAAAUUAGUAUGGGAGAGUGUCUUAGGUUCGGGAUCAAGGGCGUUCCACAAACGGCAAGCGCUUGAGUGAAACGUUCUAAGGCCAGAGUUCCUUUUACAAGCUGGUGUUGUAAUAUUGUUAUUGGAAACGGAUCUCGUGUUAUAAUUAUGGGUGUUACUUAUAUGUUCAAUAUAUUUAUUAAAAUAAGCCGGGCAAUGUCCUUGAUUUAUUUUAUGAAGCAUAUAAAGCUUCCUAAUACGUAUAAUAUCAUCUAUAGGCAGCCAAUCUAAUUUGUUAAAAAGCUUGACUGAGUUUUCGUGAGUAUCAGCAUCUAAAAUAAGCCUAGCACAUCGUUUCUGUAGUCGUAAAACUCUGUGGAGGUUACCAACGGUACAGUUACCCAAGACCGUACAACAAUACUCUAGUAUUGGCUUGAUGAGGGCAUUAUAUAACAUUGACCUUUUCAUCUCACUAAUUCUGGGUGCGUUGAGUGAGGUGAGUCAGUGUUAGCCUAGUGUCACGCAACAAGGGUUUAAAGUGGUAUUCGACGCUUAAACUUUUCAGACAACUUUAAUUUUCCGUAUCCCAAUUUUUAGCCAAUUUUAUUGACCAUCCUUGAGUGCAAAGGAUAUCCUGAGGAUCAUAGUCAGUGUUUGACCUGUUGUUACUUACAUGUACUUUACUUACUGGUUUAGCCAAGUAAAUGUAAAAAGUACAGUACGUCUUGCAUUUUUGAGGAAAAAUGAAAUAGUAACGAAUUGUAAAGUGGGAGGAUAAAAAAUAACACUAGUAAAGACAGCUGCUGAUAUUCGUAUUGAUAAAAGUGUUUGAUUUUGGUUUCUCAAUAUUACAAGCCCAUAAGGUUUUGCACCCCCUUCCCAGUACCACUCACAACCCACCACCCCACCCCCCCUUCCCAUCGAACGCACUCCCCUAGUUGGCAGUUAUUACUAGUAUUAGAUUGGUUUUCUUCUUAUCUUAAGGGUCGAUCUCAAGUAACCCAAAUUGGCGAGAAUUCCUAACCUAAGGAACUAAAAUAUCUGUGCAGUCACUCAGGGAUCUGUUUUGGGCCCUCUUUUAUUUCGGAUCUACAUAAACGAUAUCUAUAAAUCCUCAAAUAAGUUCUUUCUCUUUGCCGAUGUUACUACUCUUCUAUUUGCUCAUAAAAAUUUGCAACUGCUAGAAAAAUCUAUCAACACUGAACUGCGGGAAGUUUCUGAGUGGCUUAUCGUCGAUAAGUUAACACUGAACAUAAAAAAUCAAAUUACGUUAUAUUUCACCGCAACCAGAAGGAGAUUGAUAAGGAGAUUGAUAUCAAAAUGUACGAUUCUAGUGUUAAUAGGUCCUGUUCUCUUGAUCGUAAAGAAUUUGUUGAAAGUCCUGGGAAUCCUCAUCAAUAGUAACUUAAAUUGGAAACAUCAUAUCAACUUUGUUUCUCUCAAAAUUAGUUAAACUAUUGGAAUCUUAGUAAGAUUAAGACUCUUCGUUCCCCGCCAACUCUCCUGAUGAUUUAUCGUUCGCUCAUUCGACUAUAUUUAUCCUAUGGGAUAUGUGUAUGGCGUUAUGCAGCUAAAUCGUACCUAUACAAACUUCUUAUCCCUCAAAAACGUGCUCUUCGAUUAAUUUAUUUUGCUCCCAGUUAUGCUCAUCCUAUUUCUUGUUCUAUGAAUGCAAAGAUUUUCCGCUUGAAGGGGUAAAAGGCACAGGCGUUGAGAAUAGAAUGAUAGUACAGUCCAGACCGAAUAUUGUUUUCAAAUCAGAGUUUCAGUUAACUGCAAAUAACUGUUUCAAUUAGCCUACAAUUUGCUUUGAUCUUUUAAUGUUUUAAUUUAUGUGUUGGGUAAGUAAUGCACGGUAAAGUUUUAGAUAUGGUGUGUUAUAUUUAUUUGCUUGCUUUCUAACCUGCAGUUUUGGAGUUUUUGACUUAGUGUUUUCGCAUAUCUUUUAAAGUUUAUAAUUUGUAUUUCUGGGAAGUCGUAGUGGGGGUUUACCGUCCGACUGUCCUAAUCUAGACACUGUUUCAGAGCAAUCUCUGCUGACGUCAUUGUUUACAUUUUUCCUCAUUAACGUACGACUUAACUCAAAGAAGCCGUGGCCGUAUAUACGAACUAAAUUCAAAAGUUGAAAGAUCUGAUUAACUUAAACAAUUUGUGCAAUUUUCAACUUAUUAAAAGCAAUAUUGAAGGAAAUAUCAGCCAUCUAAAACUGCCAAAUUGCUGGGUAGCAAAAAAGCUAAUGAGCCAUACAUUCUCAGUAAAAUUUUUAGAAGAGAAUUUCUCCGAAAUCAUUCGGUAUAUCGGGCUCAAAUUUUCAGAGAUAACUGAAAUUGUUUUGCUUUUUUAAUAUUCAGGGGUUUUAUUUUAUCAGCUUCAUCAGAUGUAAUGAGCAUAUGUUAACGGAGGCAGAAAAUGUAAACAAAGAGUCGCCGAUAAGGUUAAAUGUAAGAGAGUACUCCCCCCACCGGGGAUUUAUAUCGUCAAAAUGAACACUAUCAAUUAUUAACUUAGUAAAGAUAAAGCGUGUUAAGCGAAAGCAGCCAUUAAAUGAAGAUGUGUUUGAAGCUAGUAUACUGGGCUUUUUCAUCUUCUCCUUCAAAAGAUGCUACGAUGAGUACCUUCUGGGCUUUUUCUUCACUUUUUUUGAAGUUCAUACCUUUUGAAGAGUUUUUUCCUUCCAAAACGUGAUUACAAAUCUUUCUCUGUGUGUAGCUAGUGUGUGUGUUUACAUCCAUUGAACAAAGACUCUCAAGCUAUCAUUGGCACUUAUUUUAGUUCCUUCCUUCAAAAGAUGGUAGGAUGGGUCGCUUUCGAGGUUUCUCUUUGCUUUAUUUUGAAGUUCAAACCGUUUAAAAUGUGACGGCCAAUGUCUCUUUUUAUGUUAUUGCGGUUCUGCGUGUGAACGUCGUUCCUUAAGGAAAGGAAUGUGCUCAUUGCAGAUCGUCACGUCCAAACAUAUAUAUAUAUAGAGAGAGAGAUAUAUAUGCCUGGCGCCAAAAAAGUAGGGGGCUUAACGUCUUGGUCGGUACAGCUGGAUAGCCCAGGGACUGCCCUAACAGUGGGUGGGUGGAUCAGGCCCUGGGGUCAAAACUAGUGGGGUAGGGAGGGGGCUGUUUUGACACAACCCCUUCAGUAAGCAGCAGUGUUCAGUGGAGGCUUUCACUGGCGAGUAUCUUGGUCUUAAAUUUGCCCUAUAUCUAGCCAGCUGAAUCAGGCCUCUGCUGAGAAUGAUUAUCAUGAUAAUUGCAGAGCUCAGGGGGAGGUGCAGACAGUCACCCAUAUUUAUAUAUUCACUUGGACGGUAAGAAAUGCUUUAAACGCAAUAUUAGACAAAAACAAAACUGAAAUGUAAUUUGCUUUGUUAGUUUUAAGAACCAGGAUUGAGAAAUGUACUGCUUGUAUACAGUACAGUCGGCUACAGUAUAGCCGACCCUGUCGAGUUUUAUGGGUGCUUGAAAAAUAAUGCUAAUCGUUUCCUGCUUAGAAUGGCUAACUUGCUUAUUUUUAUUCAUAAUGGUGGAAUUUAAAAGUUACUAUACAGCCCGAUUUAAAAAUGGGACUAAUUUUUCUUGUUACGAAAGUCUUCCAAAAUGGUACAAUAAGUGCAUACAGUCGCCCCAUCCCCUUGGAAGAAAUCGCCCCUUGGCAGCCCAGUUAAAAUCGCCUUUCAGCCUUCUUGUUAUUCAUGAAACAGUUGAGUAAAUACGGCAAUGGCUACGUGGCAUACGUGGAUUGCGGAGGAUAAAAAUUUAUCCAACGGGAAAUAAUACAAGUUAAGGGCUUUCUGCUGUUCACAUUUAUUCACUCCAUGGUAAGUUGUUUGCCCGAGAAUAGUGAGAAGAGAUAAUUUGAUAUUAUACACUUAAUGUCAGAUCCCAAGGGGAACAGUUUUGUUUUCCCGAGAGUCCUGAUGUCUCCCGAGACGAAGCCGAGGGAAACAUCAGGACUCGAGGGAAAACAAAACUAACUGGUUUCCCGAGGGACCUGACAUUAAGUGUUUUAUUAUAUUUUUAGACUUUCAAUUCAACAGCAACAAAAGAAUAACCGGAGCGACCUAAAACAGUCGACUCGGUACUUAUAACAACACAAAUUUAAUUCUCAAAACCACUGAAUAAAUGAUUUACAAAGUACUUUCCUUAUAUUAUCUGCAUUUUUUUUCCUCCACUAGCUGCUAUUUUUCUUCUGGGAACUUCUACGAUAACUUUAAAAAUCGUUGAUUUUUAGCUUGAGGCUUUGUGUUUGCGUUGUUGUGUUCAUUCACGAACAAGAAAACUGGCAGGACCUGGCGAUGUUUUUCCUGCCUUCUGUCACGACACAUUCCUCCAUACUUUGAUCACGUGCUGUAAAGUAGCCCGGUGGCUGAACACAGUUUUGGCAGUUUGUAUGUCAUUUGCCAAAUCAUGGCAAGAGAAAGGUUGCAGGUCACAAGCUGAAACUUGGCAAAGUGAAAAAAAUACUAAUGAAAGAUUUUGAAUGACAGGUAAAAUGUGACAUUUUCGUAGCUUCCAUGGCAACAUGAAGGAUUGAAUACAACCUUAAAAUUUCACUUUGCUCAGUUUACAUAGAAAUCGCUCGUUAGAUUGUCCUACAAACUUGCACAUAGCUUACUAUAAUUAAUCAUUACCAUUUGAAACUUAUUUGACCAAAUUUUAACAGAUGGGUUUUUAGAUAAUCAAUAAUAUAAUUGUACUGUAAUUAUUAAGUGUGUCACAAAAUUCGUCUGUUCAACUUCCAUGUUAAAGUUCUCAUUAUUUAAAAUACGAUUAAACUAAAAAUUCUGCCUAAUAUCACAAAAUUUGAAUGAGUAGAUUUUGAGGAAUCGUCUUCUGUGCACCAUUGCUUUUUCGCCGCCAUGAUUGUUUGUGUAUUUAAAACACGCGCCGUCACGCGAGUUACCGCUGACCGCCAGCCAAACUGUGUUCAGCCACCUUAAUGUAUCACGAUCGGGAUACAUUUGCACGUAGCUACCCUCAUGACCUAAUUACAAGAGCACGUCUCCGAGUGGAAGAAAGACAGAGGGCUGACCUCAGUAGUAGUCACCACCCCGGGUAGUAACUGCACUGCGGCCGACCGGCCCCCACUGGUGAUUACAUACCAUCCCAGGGACAUCGCCGUCUGUGAUAUCCUACGGCGAAAUUAUACCAUUCUACGGAAUGACGACAGCACCAAGGUCACAUUUGACAAACCGCUGCGUAAAGCCUUCCGUCACCUGAAAAGAUCUUCUGGCUCAUAGCUCCUUACCGCAGGUUCUCCAACGUCAUAUAGGCACUUUUCCUUGUAAUAGACGUGACUGCCGGACCUGUCCCUUCAUUAACUCCUCUGACCGUAUUACCACUGCGGAAAGGCAGAUAAAAAUGUCAGGGUUUUUUACGUGCAUCUCCGGCGAGCUGAUCUAUUGUAUUUGGUGUCGCAAAUGCCCUAGGUCGUUAACAUAGGAGAGAGAGGCCGUAGACUUGGCGACCGAUUUCGGUAGCACCGUUUAGACGUCAUUAAGAAGAAAGUGGCCCUGCCGUUGCCUGCCCAUUUUGCGGGAAUGGACCACCAGCUAGAGGACAUGCAAGUAGCCGUGAUUAGGGCUGGUUUACCCGAACAAGACAAAAGAAGACGCGAGGAGAUGUGCUUUAUUCAUAAUUUUGGCACAUUAGCGCUGGGUGGAUGGACUCAAUCAAAAUUCCUCCUUCACGUGACUUGCGCGCGCGCACACUCGCUUGUUUUUAGGCGCGCGUUUUCAAAUUUUAAAAUGUUUCGCUAUAACGAACUCACAUAUUUUCCCUGAUGAAGGCAGCAUUGCCGAAACGUCGGAGUUUUAUUUGCAAUUAUCAGUGAUUAACUUACCACCUUUACACUUUUACCACACACAAACGCUACGCAGGAACCCCCUUUAUUACUUCGGCGGAGCGCGAAGUAAAGGAUUCGCGACGCUCAGGAAUGUAUCAAAGUUGACUUCUUUUGACAAGAUUGGGCACGCAAAGUCUAUAGGUUUCCGGUUUUAUUCGGCUAUUUGACGAAGUGAGAGCCGAAUUAGUUCGAGAUAUCUCGAGAUCACUUCGAUUUCUUUGAUUUAUUCUUUAACUUUUUCGAGGAAAACGAGUUACUAUUUUGGCUUUCCCGGGGUUUGAACCGCUUCACUCGUGUGACCCGUCAGCCAAUUGCGCUAUUGCGACGCAAGGUAGUUUGGGAUACGAAAAAUAGUUAUGAAAUGAUGCACUAGUUUCGGAACAAGAUUGGGUGUGCAAGUUCGUGACUUUUCGGCUUGUUUCAGCUAUUUCACGAAAUGAGACCGGACUACUUCGUGAUACCUUGAGAUCACUUCGAGUUUAGUCUUUAAUUUACUCGAGAAAUAAAUAGAGGAUAUUACGUGGUCGCGCAGAGACACGAAAUUUCUCUUCGAGUGUUGAAAAACAUUUCACGAGUGAGCCCUGCUUUCGAACUGUUUUAUGAUGAAUUUAAAGUUGCAAAAUGCUGCACAAAGACAUUUUGUCUUUGUUGAGUGUUUACGUAGUAAAAUUGCUUUCAUGCGUUGCGCGACUUUCUCGAACGUUCUCUACGUUUUUUGGAUUGUUCAUGAUAAUUAAUUAGGCCAUGUUUACAUUUCAGCAUGAGUUAGCAGAUUUGCAUCAGUUACUGAAAUCACAAAAUAAGUCGAAAAGCUACUACUAUUCGCCUGUUUAGUAAUUUCUAGAACCUUAUGUCAAAGUUCAAGUGAGAGUUUGUUAUUAUUGGUAGAGGCUGUUAAGUUUUACUUAAGUUCAAGUCAAGUUUGUGUUGGCGGAUGCAGUGUUUUAAAGCUCUGUAAAGGCUAUGUUCCUUUGGUAUUAAACUUCCUUGUGUUAAUCCGACAUCCCUGCGUGCUGAUAGUCAGUGAAUAGUUAUCCUCAGAACAUUCGAACUCGUAACAUUGAGUUUUAGCCAAUUCCAUGCUCAACGUAAUUGAUUCCUUACCCAUGCCUUACAUAUCUUUAAUCAGUAUAUGAGACUGCCAUGCUGUUUUUGAAGCCUGAUGUGACUAAGAAAAAUAGAUAAUUCUUUUUUUUACUGUUUGUUUCGUUAGACUUGUUAUUCACGCCAGUAACCUCAUAUUUGACUUAGGCCUAAACGUUUAGACCCAAGUCAAAUUUAGAAGAUUUGUAUGGAGUCAUCAGAAAAUAACUGGGCUGAUAUCUCAAAGACAAUUUGUCCCGAAAUGCUAUUUUUUGGCAAACAGGCCUCUUGGAUGUUGCUCUUUUUAGAAUAUCCUGACCAAUCCCAUAAUUUCACAAAUUAACACCUUACUUAUACCAUAUUUCAUUUCUUACCAUUCCUCCGCAUUUACAAUUAAUCCGUUCCACAACCAGAACGCCGAAGUGUACGCUCCCUAGCGUCUUGUUUGUGUCUACAUUUUAUUUUAGUCAAGGCCACUUGACCAAGAAUCAACCAAUGGCAGUCCCUGUUUAGUUGAGUGAAAGUCUAGGAAUAUAACCAUACAGGAUAUGUACUAACAACAACGUUCCUAUGCAUGUUUUAACAUGCACUCGUGUAGUACAAUUGAUCUCACAAAUGAUAGCGAUGGUAUAUCAAUAUUGAACAGCUGUUUGUCCAGAAUUGGUUCGUUUGCAUUUAGAAUCCGCUUUAGAGGAUAUUAUUACUAGGACGCCAUGUUAUUUGACAGAGCGUAGAAUCUUUAGAGAUUUCAUUGAUAAAGUAUUCUUCCGUUCCUCCUCAGUGACCUAUCUAUUGUAUCUUAAUUAUCCUGUCAAAUUUUACGAUCAUUUUGUUUAUCUUAAUCCUUCUUGUAUUCUUCUUGUUAAGUUUUAUGAAUUCAUUUAAUUAGUCUAAAGCCUUCCUCGGGAAGAGUCAAUAGUUUGUACUAGUGUGGUGUGUUUAUCGAGAGUAUAACCAUUCAAGAGAAGAUCGAUUGACACUGAAAUUUCAAGCGAGCUCUGAUCAUUGUUGAUUUUAUACAAGGUUCAAUACAAAAUAGGUCACACUCUUAGACAUCCUCGGAGACCCAGGGGCAGUCAGUCGGGUCGGGAAAAAAGGCGGGACGAAAGUUUUCAAGUAAGUGCGGAAGAGCCCCUGGGUACCGACUCUCACCGAACUAUUUUCAAAAAUUCAAGCUGAUACCGGCUCCCGAUUGGGCACAAAAAAUGCUUUGUAUUAUUGUGCCCAACCGGCGAACAGUUGCUCCUGAGUUCUUUUGGUGAGUUCGUACACGACGGCUAUUGUCUCGCCACACUUGCCUGGUUCGUUCACCAAGCUUGUGCGUACAAGGGAAACUUUUAUUUUCUAGCUCCUAACCAGAAACAAAGGAAUUACCGAUGAGUUGAAAAAACGUUUGGGUUACUAUCAGCAAAAGCAAUUGAAUUUUCCCCGAGAAUAUUCUGUUUUUGAAGGAUCACAAUUAAGAUGCGGCGGCGAUGAGAAAUUCAAAUAAGUAGUAGCUUGACAAGGCAAAACAACAACUUUGCACGUGCAUCACGCUUUUUUGUACAUUUCUUUGCCGUUAACUGCAUGACUACCCGUGAAAAUGCCUAACUUCACGUUUUGCGAAGGAGUAAACAAGCAAUAACAAAAUUCAUUCUCUUCAUGAACUUUGAUAUGGUUCGGAAGAGUUGCCUUGCAUUUGACAAAGUAAGCGAGUUGGAUCAGAUGGGGAUUUUAUAUCAAACUGAAAGUUUCCUGACUGCGUGCAUUUCUUUGGUGCAUAAGCUAGACAAGCCGUGAUCGAGACAAUAGCCGUCAUUUACGAACACACGAAAAGAACUCAUUGAGAUGUGUUCGCCGAUUGGGCACAAUAAUACAAAGCAUUUUUUGUGCCCGAUCAGGAGCCGGCUCCGCUUGAAUUGUUGGAAAUGGUCCGGUGACAGUCGGUACCCAGGGGCUCUUUCGCCCGUGAUGAAAACUUUCGUGCCGCGUUUUCUCCCGACCCGAAUGACUGCCCCUGGGUCUCCGAGGAUGACUCUUAGGUAACAUUGAGAAAAUACACGGCUGAGCAAAAUAGCGCUGACUUUACUAUGUUGAUAACUGUGUAUCCAUGUUCACCAUAUACAGGUAUAGUCUCGCUACUCGUAAGACGUCACGCGAUCGUGAAAUUGACUUAAGAACACUAAACAUAUGCUGUUUCCUACACUAAAUGUAUCUUAUUGCUUGAUGUAAAUUCUCACAAACAGAAAAAGGGGUAGAUGUACACUCUUAGAAAAAAGUCUCUAAAUUUACAAUUUAUAGACAUUUUACGAUCUCUGUAAAAGGUCUAGUUUUCCACUGAUAUAGAGCAGGAGCCAAUUAGAGUGAUGAAUGAAAUAUUGCUGGCAUCAUUGAAUGUUCUUGGGCAAAUAAUAAAUAAAUAAAUAAUUGAAUAAAACUAAUUUAAAAUUUUGUAGAAGACUUAAUAAACCAGUACGUUGAGAAAGUGCGAGCUGUUUCCAUGAUGAAGCAAAUACUAGCCAGAUUCCACUGUUUUCCUUAUAAAAAACGCAUUCUCCUAGAGGCUGAUCGCCUAUUUUUUUUUAUCCUGUUGACCUGUUUAAACUAGGAGACAAUAGAGAGGAGAAGUCGUUACGUCACGUUGCCAUGGUAGCAAAAGUUCUGGAUGUCAACAAACCGUGGUCCUAUACAAAUGUGGCAGAGAAAACGAAUAAUUGACAUGUAUGACUUUCCUGUACUUGAUUGCUCUUAAGACCAAAACGGUAGCCCAUACUUCUGUUCCAUCGUUGGAUAAUACAAAUGGCCGUCUCUGUCUAGAAAGAAAUUUCUGUCCAGAAAUUUUGCUACCGUGGUAACGUGAUUUCACACAUCUCUCUGUUAGCUCUUUAGCAAACGUUGAUGCGCUCUCUCUUUAUUUCAUCAUAGGAGUUAGAGAAUGAAGAAACAGGUGAGUGUUACAUCUUAAAACUCAAUUAAAAGUUAAUAUAUAUAUCACUAUGUAGGUAGAAAUAAUUUUAAUAAAUGAAAACUGUACUUACAACGACCACAUCUUUAGGCCAAAUAAGUCAGACAUGCCCAUAACGGAUUUCUCUAGGCUUUAGAAGUCUGUUUCGUUAAUUUGGAGCUGCUCUAAUAAAUUAUCUAUUUGUUCUGAUGUUUUUCGUCAGCUCGAAAGUUUUGGGGGGCUUUUCCUGUCUCAUCCCGGAAGUUUAAGCUAUCUUGACGGUCUUGCCGAAAAUGUGAGCACACGGAGUAGCCAUUCUCUCAUUAGAAAAUUUUAUGAGACGUUUUAUAUAUAUACCGAAAGUUUUAGGCGAUCAGUUAUUUACCAACAAUCGCUAAAUCUUGAGGAUAAAAUGUGAAAAAUCCAUUUCCAAAAAUCUUAGGGAAGUUUAUAGAAAAACGCUAUUAUCUUACAGGAAUUGAAACGGUUAUUGAGAAAUUUUUAGCCUUUCUUGAGCUAUGAGAAAUUUUUAGGCAAUCUUUGCUUCUUUGAACAUACGUUUUACAGAAACCAGUCCAGGAUGCCCCUUUGAAAUAGGUAGGAAGCAUUCUUCUUGUGUUGUAAAUAGUUAAUGAAAAAAGACUCAUGAUUUUAAUUACUGUUGUUUGUUUGUCCACGUGAGUAAAACUCCUCUUUUUUUAACACUUGCUUUGACCUUAAAUUCUGUAGAUGAUUGUGAUUAUCAAAGAGCUUUUGCUGCUUUGGAUGAGCUUAAUCUUACUUCGUUGAAACAAUUUUUCAAGGAAAACUAUUUGCAGGUAUUCAAAACUAUAUAAAAAAAAACGGUUUCUUCAAGUGUUUAUUACAUUUGAAAGGGAAAAGUUUAUAUUCUUCCAUUGUCUAAUUAAUCUACCUGCGCUACGUUUGUUUUAAGGAUGAUACACUGUCCUUUAUGAAAUCAGAAGAAGAGUUGAAAAACGCACUGAUAAAGGUAAAAAGAACGACGCGUUUAUAAACGUUCACGAUACCCGCCAUCAUCGAUGAGAAAAAAGCAAUGUCACGUGGUAUUUCAGGGGACAAGGGAUAAAAUUUUCCAUUUUUUGUUGUCCAGCUAGAAUAAACAAACUCGACCGCGAUUUCUUGCAUUAGCAAAUGUUUUCACAUGCCUGCCCCCUGGGAAGAUGGGAAACAGGCCGGUACAUAGCUUUUGUAUCCCAUCUGUCCCAAGCUCGUUCAAAGAUGGCGGGUAUCAUGAAUAAGGUCUAACAACAAUCUUGACUAUAACACUUUGGUAGAUACCAUAUACGGAGAUACGACUUACAAAUGGUUGCUGACCGUUCUUUUUUGCAGGAUUUAGGUUUACGCUUUGGCCAAGCAUUUAAAUUCAGCAGACAUUGGUUCAACAAAUAUCAUAAACAGACAGGUUAGGAAGAUUUUUGCUGUGAUAAACACGGUUAUUUUAAAAUACUUUCAGCAUUGGGUUAUGAGUAAACAUAAAUGGUCACUGGUUAAUAGACGUUACCAAAUUGUUUGAAAUUGGCCAUCUUUACAUAAAAUUGUCUAAUUUACCAAAUUUAGCAUGAAGCAGGUUUGUAAACCGAAGAAAAAGCAAUUCUCAUGUUGACAUUUUUUUUGUUUGCUUUUGGUCCACAUGGAACCAUGCAUAUUAUUCUUCCUGGACCGAUUAAGCUUUCCAUUUUAGAUAUUAAGAUGGCAAUUUAUGCAAAAUCAUUGAGGAUAGAUCUUUCUACUGGUACCUCAUUCAGCACAUUUUGACCAUUUUGACCGAUCUUGACAGAGUUACAGACAAAAAACAAGCAACGUUUGGGGAACAAUCCACUGCCAAUUUUGCUACUUACCUUCUACUCUUUACAGAUUAAAUUUGUCCCUUUGUUGGAAAGAAAGCCAGUAAAAAUUUCACGCGAAGGAAAGACGAUCAAGUGGGCAACAAAACUGGCUAUAAAAAGAAAGGCAAAGGGAAAAAGAAGAGAGGGAGAAAAAAAAUCGCAAUAGAUUCGCAAAAAAAUUGGGUUAUACGCAUACGCAAAAAACAAAUUAGCAUAAAAUUAUGUCCUUAGUUUUGGAAAUCUAUUUUUUAGCCAUUCCUAUGCUAUCUGGCCGAAAAACGGUUCAAAAAGAAGGAUUUUAGUCCAAAAUGCGGUCUAAAAAUUGGCUGACGAGCAACUUGAGUUCUCCUAAUAUUUCGGAUAGAGAAACCGUUCAUCUUCAAGGGAUUUUAAGAAAAAAACCGAAAGAAUUUGGAUCUCCGAGGGAAGUGAGGUUAAUUUUUCUAUCUCAAACUGAUCUCCCCUAUAUUUUAUUUGCAUGGCGACUUCGCCACGGUCGUUGCCAUUUUUAACGGUCGAUGCCACCAUUGGUAACCAAGCCUUUAUAGUCAUAUAGAUGUAAUAUACCGUAAAACUCCUGCGACUAAGAAACUGGAUUUGAAGAACUGGUUAGGCCAAAAUUUGCCAGUAAUACCUCCUCUAUAUAAGAACCUGUUUAGCUAAAAAAUUUGAAAAAACAGGUUCUUAAUUUCUAAAAAUCUAUGAGAAAAUUCUAUACACUUGGGCAAUUAAGAUAAGUCAACAUUAAGAAUCCUCUUUGGAGACAUAGGUGCAUACCUUAUCACUCCAACUGCAAUGUAAAUAUCAAUGUUUAAAAUCAAAUAAAAUUGUUAUUGAUACAAUUACAAUAAAUUUAUGUUAUGUUCUGAAGUAGGACUUAAAUUUUUAUGGUCAUUUUUACGUAACUUCUAAUUUGGUAUGCAUUUUUUAUAUGAGGAAUCAGCUGAACCACUUAAUAAAUACUCUAAGCUUUAUUGUAUUUUAGUCGGGGGGUCUUACUGUAUUCCCUGGAUUGAGUUACAAUAAGGCAAAUGGUAGGUUUUUGAAUAGUCUUAGAAAGAAAAACGUUGAAGCCGAAGUUGAAUUACGUUAAAACUUACGGAAAAGGCUAGGGUCACGUGUUAUUGAUGUAUCAGUCAAGAAAGACAGCUUGCUGUAGUUUAUGUACUUAAAUUUUUCGGAAUUUGGCGGGUCGGUGUGGUAGUGUAGUGGUAAGGGAGAGAGAUCAGGAUACGAAAGGUCCGGGUUCGAGCUCCAGUUAACUUUUUAACAGAAACACUCUCAAAAACAGGUCAAAAUUUUUUUAAUUGUCUUUAAAAUGGCAGCGACCGUUUACGAAAGGGAAAUUUGCGGCGACGUCAUAAUUUGGCAUGAAUAGCGUAUUUGUCGUGGUUUUUGCAUGAGAAAAAAUAUAUCGACUUCACUCUGGUUUCGUUUUUAUAUGCUUUCUUUUUUCUAAAAUAAAUGCCGAUCAUGGCAACCAAGCAGGUACCUCGACAACGGGUGGUUCCAGAGAGGAGAAGGUAGACGAAACGGAGACGACGCCCAUUGCUGCAUAUGACAGGUUCGCACGAGAUGAACAGAUUGAACGUGAAAUCGGAAUCGAUGAAUGUUCCGUGGAAGCUGAAACGUGCUGUCAAGAAUUCGAAGUUUCAUUGCCGGCGGGUGGGUAUCUUCAGUAUACCACUGAAAUAAAGUGUGCAAUAGGGCUAAAAUAGGACUUUUUACCUUCGGUCGGAAUUUUAAGUGCAUAGUUAAUCAGCUCUAAUUCUUCUAGAGUUGUGUCUAAAGUUAUGAUAAUCUUCUUUACAGUUAAUUGUUUAAGAAGCUUUCACAUUAAAAAUACAAAAAAUUUGAAAAUAAGGAAAAUCACCUGAUAUUCUACUCUUUUUCCGUCCCUUACUUUCUUUCUUCUUUCUUCUUUCUUGCGCCCGCGAUACUAUUGCAAACGUUGUAACACCACUUAUGUCCUACUAAACUAGAUCAAAAAGCCCAAGAUUUAACUCACGAUCACGCCGAACAGUACCAAGAAGAUCUGCAGGCAAGCGAAGGGACUCUCGUGUCAAGUGUAAGUGAGCAUAAAUAUCUAGCUGAAAACCGAGAAGAUACCAGCACCAGUAGAAAAAGAGAGACCGACAACAACCAAGAUGCGAGACACGAACUGACAGAGGGAGCUGCAGGUUGGUCAACCAGCCUUUAAAUUUGUAUUCUUCUGUUUUUUGUUUUGGAUGUUAGUAAAGUCGCCGAUUGUAGAACCUAUUUUUGGUGUCAUAAUAACACACUGGAACUCGUCAAGCGAGAACAUGGAUUCAUUGGUCAUUUCCAUAUUAGUGCUUGUAUAGCAAUGCUCUCACUGAAUAAAAUUAAUCGACUAAAUCCAAUUCAAAAUCAGCUUUUAAAUGAUUAGUCGAAAUUGUGACUGCCACUGCCAAAGUAGCCUGCGUACUGAAGAGUGUUGUGACUCUAUCCCCAAUCUCCCUCGCUUUUCCCUUCGUCCCAUCUCAUACCCUUUUCGACGCCUGCAGGGCAGGUUAUUGCCGAAGCCCUGUUACUAAGUGUCCAACAACCUUUCUGUUACUUGAUGGAUUAAUGAACAAGUUUUACGACAGAUAAAAAUCGUCUGUACUUGCUCAGAUCACAUCACUUCUCACCUAAUGCUUUUCAGUCACAUAUUUUAGGUUUUUGCAUGUUUUGGUUUCUAUUUAAGCCUAGAAUAGUCAAUGCUCAUAAAUUUAUACGUUACGUGAUGGCGCUCUGAGAUCCAAGUUAAAGAGUCCAGAUUUGCAAAUUUUCACUGACAGUUGUACCUACGACAGGCAAACUUUCCCUCUAAUCAUCUUGAGGCAAAAUUGCCCAUUUCUUUCAUUUUGUUUCUUCCGUUUAUUUCGUUAGCCAAGGAGAGUUGUUUAAGUCGUAUGACAGGUUUUGGUACAAAAAGGACCUUCUCUUGCUUUUGAAAAUUUUCAUAAAGACCACUAAGCGAAAAAGAGCGUCUUAAAAUUAGUAAACCGGCGUACCAAGUUUAAAGUUCCAAAGUGAGCGAGAAUAUAGCCUAACAAAGUCGAUAGAUUUUACAGACGUUGGUAUGGUGGGGGCACGAACUUGCCCCACACCAUACAAACGUCUGUAAAAUCAUGCGACUUGCGGAUCUAUAUCUUCGUGUUUUCAACAAAUCAAUUUCAAACUUGGCAACUUUACUGCUUUUAAGGUGUUCUUUCGAGCAGUGGAUUUUUUGUAAAAUGUCUAUGGUCCAGUUUCGGCAUGUAUCAUUAAUGAAUUGCCUUUUUUGUUGUUGAAUAGACCAAGGAGACCAAAGUACAAGUGUUGAUACAGUUAGCGAGUGUCACAAACAAACCAUCGAAGUAUUUGUAGCAGGAAGCCAAGAUGACGUUAGGCCCAAGUCGUCGACAAAUAGUGUGUGUGAUGACCUGGAAGCUGAAAAGAAAGACGCAACUCACAAGAAGGUCCCGGAUCCAUCAAAAGGAAGUGGCCACCUUGAUGCAGAUGACGAAGUGACGAACUGGGAUGAGAUUAAUCAAACUAAUCAGAUCAAUGGAAAGUGCAAGAAGGAAAGCCAUAUAUCCUUGGAUAAGAAAAGUAAGUAUAGAGUACUUUCCAGACAUUACACUACCAAUUACAAUUAUCUUGAACACGUCAUCGAAGACCCAGGGGCGGUCAGUCGGGUCUGGAAAACGGAGGACCCUCUCUUGAAAAGUCUCGCCGCCGUUUUUCCUGAACCAACUAACCGCCCCUGGGUCUCCGAGGAUGGUUUGAACAAGAUAUACAGCAAACAAGAUUCCUCUUAGUAUAGGAAGAUCUGUUAACUAAUGGAUGCAAAAAAAUCAUCGUAGGAAAUCGUGGCACCGACUGUCUGUCUGCUCCGGUUGAUGUAAGCUCAAUAAUGUUACACUAAACCAGACAUAAGAUGCCUUGACAAGCGGUGGACUUUCUAAAAGUCCUUUAAUUUUUUCCUGGUUGUUCCUUUCUUGAUUUUAAGAACUUAUGAGAGCUCAACUUGUAGCAAGUCUAAAGAAGAGGCCAUUUUGAAAUCAGUGAGAAUGCGAGAUAUCGUUCUUUUCAACUUAAUAGUGAUAUACGCCAUCCAUCUUGAAGUCAGAAUAGCAGGAAUAAUUUCCAGUUCAGUUAGGCUCCGUUUAUAAUUACAGUCGUAAUUUGUUUUAACCAGGAUUAUUUUGACAUUCGUUCCAAAAGGUUUGUCGUCAUCUGAUUUUGACUGCUGUUCAAACGAAAACGCAAGAAAGUGUGAGGACGCACAGGAUAAACCAGCUUGUGACGAUACUUCAAGACUGGAUUCAAUGUCUGACUUGAACAACAAUCCAUCAGUGCAGAUUACUGCACUUGAGUUGGUUGCUUCCACCAGCCAACCAUUAUCUGAAAGAAAAGAUAGAUCAGUGCCCGAAAAAGAACAGAACGGUGGGAAGGUUUCUGGCAAGAACAAAGAGGAAAGUUGUGGUACUACUUUUGAUAAGCAAGUAACUCUAGUGGCAAAGAGUGAAGAAACUCGCAAGGCUGUUUCUGCAUUAGCUUCUAAAUGUGAGCAAGUUAAUAUUUUAAAUGAAAUUUAUGAAUUCAUCAUUUUAUUUUGACAUGUUAACUUACGAAAGUUGCACGAGUAUUUACCAAGUGCCAUUUUAUUCCAAUCAAAAUAGGAAGAGUAAAAAUAUUUUGCAGCCCCUGCAGGAGAUGCAACUUUGUACAUGAAAUUAGCACUUUGCACAUUCUGAUAGACUUUGUUUUAACUAUUAUUCAGGUAAAACCAGGAUGUUCGGCAUUAAAGGGAAAGACCACGCUUACCAGAAAGGCUCUGUCCUGGAUGCAGAGGAAAACAGAGAAGUGGAAUUCAAAUCUCUUCUUAAUGCACACCCCUCAACACUCCCUUGGAAAAUGAUGGAGAAAGCAAAAAAGUUCAUUUGUGCCUGUUUAAAUGCUGAUAGUAAAGGAAUAAUCUACUUCGGAGUCGGAGACUCACAAGAGCAAUGUUCAAAGUUUAAACGAGGAGAAAUUCUCGGACUCGAUGUUGAAGAAGUCAUUGAUGAUGUUGUUAAAGCUUUCCAAUUUGUUCUUGAUGAUCACAUUAAGAGUGAUGCUGGCCCACUUCAGAAGGGAGGGGAGCAGAAUUGUGUCAGAAUAGAGUUUGUUCCAGUAGUAAUCCAAGAAAGCCGUACAGGUCUUUAUGUCAUUGAAAUUGAGGUGAACCGAGACUGGAAGUUUUGUAAGGACAACGUUUACUAUUGCAAAUCCUGGGCUGAAAAACGAGGAGUUCACAAAGAUGAAGGCACAUCCGCAAAGAAGGCCCUGAGCGACUUCUACAAAGUACACAAAGAUCAGUAUGACGACGUAGCCAUUAGGACCAAUGGCGCCUCAACAAACGUGAAGCAGCAUGAGGUUAAUCGGCAAGUGAAGGAACCUCUUAUGGCGAAGUACAAGGAAUGGAAGAGGGACACAAAACUUGGUUAGUGUCAUAAAGAUUUAACGUUAUCAAAUUCUUUCUCUAGCCACAAGUGAUAUGACUUAAAUCAAUUACUAAAUUAUCUUAGAGUAACCCGUGAAUGGGGAAGGAAGGUUGCCCAACUCGACCUCUAAAGAAUUCUGCCUAAUGAUUUAAAAGUGGAUGUGGACGACGUCAUAACAACAAACAGAAAUAUAAAACAAAGACAACAACAAAAAUGACAAAAAAAGUACUUUUCUUCAAAUCCUGGAGGAUAAACCUCCUGGUGUAAAAUUGUUCCCGUCAAAUGGGCGAGAUGAUCACUAUAACGCUUCUUGGUACUGCUGAGAGGACUGACUGGUCAAGGCGGUUUGUAACCUGAAUGAUUCUAACCGUUAAUAAAAGCGUCAACGAAGUUAAAGAGCCGUUGUCGGUAGACGAGUACCGAGUGUUUUUCUAUUUUAUUCACACUCAAUAAAAUCUUUCUGAGUUGUUUUCUUUUCUGUUAUAACAGGCGCUGAUAUGUCAGCAGAAGGUAAGUACAUUCUUCGUAAUUUUGUACAAAGGUUAUAGCGUUGUUUGUUUUUUUCUGUUUCUCUGACAUCCUCCGGUUUCACCGAACGAAGUACACAUCUAGGUAUUCGUAGCGAACCUAUAAACUAAUUAAGUAUCUACUUCUCAUGGAUCAACUGUGUCCUUGUUAUUGUUAUCGUCAGAAGUCUUAAGUAAUGUUGAUACACUCUGUCUCAUUCAAAAUAGAUCCUACCAUGGAAUUAUUAUGCAUAAACCUGUUCUUUGUUUCAGAUCCUAUCCCAGAUGAUGCAGACGUCAAAAGGCUAAGUGCUUUGGUAAGAGAGAGGCUACGGGAAUUGAACUUAAAAGAAUUUAGGUACGUGUUAAUUGCCAACAAGUUGCCCUCCCGUUACAGAGGAACGCCAGAUUUGUCUUUUCUGCAAAACAUCCCGUGGCUUGCAGUAUUUGAUUUGUUUGAUACUGCGUCUAAAAAAGAUGGACUGUACUACAUUUGCAACGAAACAACAGAUGCACUGAGAGCUAAUCUGAGAAACCUCGAAGAUUAUGGCGAAUGUCUGUCUGACUGGAUAUCUGGAAACGACUUCCACAUAUCAACCCGAGAAACGACCUGGAUUUUGGGAAAUGAGGAAAUGCUGAAAGAAGACUGGAUAAAAUGUUCCAGGGACUGUUUCUAUCGCGCUCUUUCUACGUAUAAACGCUGUUUUCCCCUCGGACGGCUUUUAUGCGUCUUUCUUGUUCUUGAUGAAACCAAUGUCCAGGAGAUGGUCGAUAUGAUGGAAUGUUGUUUUAGUAUCCUUGGAAAAUUUGCAAGCAACAGCAUCACUAUCAUGAGUGAAAACAAACAUGUGUCUGAGGCCUUUAUCAAAGCUUCUAAGCUGCAGAGGGAAAUUAUAGAAUGCUCCAUCCCUGGGAUUCCGUGGAAAUUGUUGAAAGAAGUUGUCCGUGAAAUGGUUGGACCAACCAAGUUUGACGAAAGAGGAGCUAAGACGGAACUCCCAUAUUUUACUGGUCUCAAGGAAGUUUUCAACAAAAUUAUUAACUCUUGGAACGAUCUAGAAGUCUACAGUCCAAAUCCCCGGCUGCCAAGUUUACUGGAAGAUAUUGAGAAAGAAAGAAAUGCCUUUUACAAGGGUGCACAAGCUAGCCAAACUAAUUUGUUCCACAAUCAUUGUAUUCCAAGAUCACUGGAAGACGAGACGCUUUUAAGAACUGAGCAAGCAUUGAAGUCGUUGUCUAAGCCAAUUAAGGACCUCACUUGUCACGUCAAGACUGUCACUGUUACCUACGAACCAGGAUCUGGGGCAACUACUAUGUGCAGAAGAAUCCUGUGGAGCAAACGCGAGGAAUACCGCUGCGCAGUAGUCAAGGCAAUUACAACAAGUACUGAUUUUCAAAUCGAACAACUUCAGGGGAUCAUGUACGACGAAGAAAACUUUAAAUUUUCCCCUCCCUGUAUAGUCCUGGUCGAUAACUUCCCCGAAAACGAGACAAGACGCUUAACGGAGAAGAUCUUGAAAAGGCAGACUAAGUGCGUCAUUCUUUCUACUUGUCCAAUCGCAAAGUCUAGCGCCGACUCCGAUCAAGAUUUGUCCUUGCGACAACUGGACGAGAAAGAGAUGAGUCGCGUGAAGAAUAUUUUGAUCACUAUUACAAGUGACAACGAGCGAAGAAGGGGCGCACAAGAGGUUCUUGAAAGAGAGAAACGAUUCAUUUGGUUUGGACUGGAGUUGUUUGGACGCAACUACGACAAGAUUGAGGAGAGGCUUCAGAAUCACAUCAGGAGCACACUUGAGUUGUUGGACGAUUCUAAAGACAGUCAUGAAAUGGUCCUAAAUUUCUGUUGCUUUCUUCAUUAUUACAGUGAUAGCCGAGCUAUUCUUCCCCACCCAGUUGUCAGUGAUUUUCUCUAUGAAGCCAGUAAUGAGUCUGAACAAGAUUUCGCCUUAAUGCAGCGCAUUCAUGACAUUUUUGGAGGACUUCUCCUUGAAGGAUUUAAUGAAAAAAAUGGUUACUUUGGAUGGAGGCCGGCACACUCUCUCGUCAGUGAAGCCGUUACAUCAAAACUCAACAUCGAAGACACAGCUAUCGCUUUACUAGACGCAACUAACAAAGGAAAAGCCUAUGUAAACAAGUAUUUGAAGGAUGAAGUUUUUAAGGUGUUCUUGGCACGUAAGAAAAUUUCCGACGCAGUUUUUCUCGAGGAUAAAGGAACAGAUGAUGGAAGCAUUGAAUCUGACUUUGAGGACGAGGUACUUGGGUUUUACGAAGUUAAAACAAGGUAUUCUCCUUUGGUAUUGGAUAUCCUGAAAGCAGAUGAUGGUAUUCAAAGAGCCCUCCGAUUAUUCAUCACAAUCUGUGAAAUGGCCUUUGAACAUGAAGAUAAGGCUUACGCUUGGCAGCAGCUUGCACGAUUCAUGGGGUACGAAAUGCGUGGAAAUGAAAUGGAUGACAAGAACGAGCAACAUAACCGUCUUCAAGCAGCCAUGAAUAAAGAACAGGACCCCAAGUUACCCAUGCCUAAAACAGGUAUUGAAGCAGCACAUAUGGCAGUUGAUAUUGCCAUAAAGCAGCAACCCAAGAGAAGUCAUCACUAUGGUACCAAAGGAACUCUGUACCUUCUACAGCUAAGAGAUUUCAAACCAAAUGCAGAGCGACCUUCCGUUCUUGCCUCAGUGCCUAAAGUGAUCGACAUCUGCCGCAAAGCAUUAGAAGUCUAUGACAUAGCACUAAGCACAACACAUCAACUUGAUUACUACUCGAUGAUUGGAAAAAUUCAAGCCAUCGUUUCACUUUUUGAAGUUGUCAAAGGAUUGCCUUUCUUUCGCUCAGAUAUAGAAAGCAUUACACAGUAUCUGAAGAAAGGUGAAAUUCCGAAAGAAAUGGAAGACGUACUCACUAAGAAACAAAACAACUACAUUAAGAGUCUUAGUACCACAACACUUAGUCUUCUCAACAAAGUCUUUGGAGAUGUUAAGUUCAGGCACAUGACCACCUACGACGAGAACGCCAUCAGAGUUUUAAAUGACGCUAGAAUAAGGGCGUCAAAACUACGACGAACUUUUUAUGAACUAACCGGUUUUGACAGAAGUGAAAUCAAUGAUGUGGAAGUUCCGAUGCCUUCCCAAUCGCUAACAAGGGAUGAGAUAGCUUUUUACCAACAGUUUGCCCAAGAUAUCUUGUUUAAGAACAGCGAAACUCCAUACAGUACGUGGGUGAACAUAAAUGACGAACAAGCUUCCCUGAUUUACAACGCGCUUAAGGUACUUUGCUCGAAUGGAAAGGGAAGCCAUGACGACAUGUUAAUCUGCUGCAAAGCAUGCCUUCGUUUAAAAGAGAGGCCAUCAGUAAUGGAACUGGACAAAAUUGUAAGCAUUUGGGUUUCAAAGUGUCCGACAUCAGCGUGGGCCAAUCUAUAUAACUACAUGAUUCAUUUUCCAGUUCCCGAUAAACGCCUAGCCGCCUUCAAUCAUGAAGCUAACGAAUCGAUCAAGAAAUGUAAUCAGAUUGUUCUGGAAAAAACGGGAAAAGGAUUUCGCAAAUCUAGUGCUGACUAUUUCCUUGGGAAGGAAACUGGUUUGUACGCCAUUGCAAACAGCCUACAGUUCCCAGCGCUGGAAACCAAAGGGGAAACUAAAACUGACUUUUGGAGAAGCAAGGAAGUGUCAGAGAAGCUGGAACGAGUACGUGGUCAAAAGGACGUCAAUUCUAAUGGAGUUAUAACAUACCAAGGAAUUCAACUACGCUUUGACGAAAAACGGUAUCCAAAGCAGAGCAAAGAUGACUUGUGGUUUUAUGUUGGAUUCUCUGUCUCUGGCCCUUAUGCAUAUGACCCAGUCGACAAUGAUACAUACGCCAUCUUGUGUUCCAGUGCCAGCGAAAGUGGAGAAAGGAAACUAUUUGAAUUAAAGAUGAAGGCUCCAAGGAAAGCAAAAAGCUUCUCUCUUUCGUCCAAGUGCUUCAAUACCCAUGUCCAAAGUGCGAAGUCAUCCUGGCAAAGUGUUGAUAGCGUUAAUGAGCCAAGUACAUCAAGUCAUGCUUCGUACUCGUCUGCCCUGCAACUUAAGAGCACUCCACCAGAAGAGCAGACGUCAAAACCCCCCCUCACCAGUCAGCAAAGUGGUCCCUGGAAUUUAAUGUGUGUUAAAAAUCGAAAAUUGAAGUCCGUCGAGGGCACUCGUGGUUUUGAUAAGCGCACCUUCCAUGCCAAAUAUGUUGACAAAAAAACAGGGAAGCUUCAUCAUGGUGCAGGGGUACUUUCCGCUGAAAAGUCAAAGGAAUGCGAUACUCAUACAAGCGAAGGCUGGGACAUCAACAUUACAAGCCGCUGCCCCUUCGCUCAUUCUUGGAUGGGUGAUACUCUUCAGUACGUGUGUUGUAAGUGCACUCGAGACGGCAAACAGAUAUGCAGAGAAAAGCGGAAUCAUGAGCAGUUUAUUUGGAACUUGGGGCCUUACUACACUGAGGAAGGAACAGUCUGGAAAGAAACACCCCAAGAAUGCCCGGAGAAAACGAAAAAGCCAUCGAGGAAGAAACAGUCCAAAUAA